UUGUCAAAACACCUCCAUCGAUAGAAAAUUGGAAAGACUCAAUGGAGCAUGGUACAACCGAUGUUUACAAACAUCAAAAGACUGAAUUUACCAAUGGUUCAAGUCGCAGAAGAGAUAAAUAUGUUGCAAUUUAG